GAUAACUUCUGUACAAUUUUAUUAUUUAGUUUUCUGUACUACAAUGAUAUACAUUAAAAUAAAACGGACCAGUGCUAAAAAUUAAUCACAGGAAAUACAUUGGACAGGGGAGAUGACGUCUGUUAUAUCAGCGGCGAAUGUUUCUAUUUUUCUCGUAUUUUUUUAUAUAAUUGUUGUUGUUUUUUUCUGUACUAUUCUUUUUUUAUGUCCAUUUUUUCUGUUCUUGAUAUGAUAAGUUAUUGUUCACGUUAAAUAACAUAUAGUCUGCUUUUUCAGGGGAGGGCCCCCGAUAAUGUUGUUAUAACUUCUGGCCCAACCCUUUUGUAUUUUUACAUUGAUGUAUUCAUGUAUGCUUGUUGUAUGUGUGGGAAUAGAAGAUAUAUAUAAACACAAUAAAAUAUGAUUAAACUAAACUAAACUCUGCUCAUUAAAGAUACUGAAACUUCAACUGUGAGAUCAUCCUGGUACAGAUCUUACUCAUUCUGAAGAUGUUCUUUGUCAGUUAAGUAGUUUUAACGUAUAACUGUAUUAACUUCCUUUUUACUUGUUAUACAGUUGACAUGACGCUUUUGUGAUGGAUUUAAGUGAAAAGAUUUAGUGUCCUCCCGACAGCAGUUUAUAAACAUGAUGCGCAUUCUGGUAUUGUGUGGAACAGUCGUUGCAGUGGCGUGUGUGACCAUUGCCCAGGCAGCCGCAGGUGAUUGUAAAAUAGACUAUAUGGCGAAUGAGACACAAUCAUCGAAAGAGUAUAUCGCAGAGGGCUGUUAUUCUGUGAGAUGCGAUCACCUGUCUUUAACAGAGGUCCCAAAGGACUACCCAGACCCACCGACAAACAAAUCACUUUGCUUCCUUGACCUUAGCUGGAAUAACUUUGACCAGCUUAAAAAUAACUCAUUUGUCAAUGCUGCUAAUUUGAACACUUCAUUGAUUCGAAAUCUUUAUCUGGACAAUUCGAAUAUUUCUUACAUUUCGUCGAAUGCAUUCUUAGGCCUCUCCGGUCUAAUGUAUCUCAAUUUAUCUGGAAACCAUCUUAUUUGGCCAGAUGGAUUCGGUAAAGGUGUAUUCAAACCGUUGUCAAAUCUCUGCUACUUGAAUAUUAAAGAAAAUCGUUUACGAACAUUUGAAGGCUUGGGAGUAGAGUUGGGAUAUACAAGAUUAGGAGGAAUGUUUGCUGAACUUUGCGCCGAUUGCACAUUCGGUAAAGAAUUUGAACAACUUGAACAUCUGGUCAAUCUGAGCUUAUCCGGACGUUCUAAAGGUGCCUGCAAUGUUCCGGUUAUCCAUAACAAUACAUUUGAAGGUCUAACAAAAUUGCAGCGCCUUUGGCUAUCGUCCUGUAACAUCGAGGAAAUAGAAGCAAACACCUUCAGUCCAUUGAAUGAAAGUCUGAUCUUACUAGAUAUCUCGUACAAUGAAAAAUUGAAUUUUACAAGAAUGAACACAGCUUUAUAUGGUUUGAGGAACUCUUCAAAACUGCACAUUUUAAAUGUGAACCGGAUUCAUAACGUACAUGAUAUUGGUGUAGCGGUAAAAGGAUGUGACCUAGAAAAUCUUAGAACACUACGUGCGCUUACUACGCUGCAUAUGGACCUUAAUAAAAUAGAAAUAUUUGAAGCGGAAAUCUUUAACCCAAUAUCUUUGUUUCCUGGUUCACUUAGAGAUCUGACAUUAUCUGGAAACAGGUUAUCGUUCGGAAAAUAUAUCAAUUUUAUUCACAACGCUACGAAUAUCACUUGCCUCGACAUAUCCAGACAACAUUUGUAUUACGACCCUUUUCUGUACGAACAUUUUGAACCCGAAAACACGCAAGAAGAGUCGAAAGCUGCAGGCAACUGCAUGCAGUAUGAACCUUUAGAAUUCACCAAUGAUACAUGUAGAGACAACUGUACCGUUUGUUUCCCUCCGAAUUUACGUCGCAUAAAAUGGAGAAAAAGCUUCCUCAAUUUCAAUACAGAAAUGACUCUUCAAAUUUGCGGAGCAACACUACUUUCACAUUUAGAUUUGUCAUUUAACUUACUUACCAAAUGGAAAAGUUCAAUUAAAGGAUUAGAGAGUCUAAAACAUCUGGACCUUUCUGAAAAUUACUGCAGUGAGAUCGCUCCAGUGUUCUUUGAAAAUUUUAGACAAUUAAAGCAUCUUAAUAUCUCUGGAAACAUUUUAGGAGUGUCAUUUGGCCAAACCUCUUCUUAUCUGUCAAACAAGAUAUUUAGAAACUUAACGCAAAUUACCGACCUUGACCUCUCAAAUAAUAGGAUUGAACGAUUUUCAGAUCGGCACAUUUUCAAAGGUUUGAGAAAUAUAAAGUUUAUGUAUUUACAUUCAAAUCUGAUGGGUGACUGGAAGUAUGCAAUGCCAAAGAGCAAAUCGCUAAAAUUGCUAGAUUUGUCACGAAAUAAGUUAAGCACUCUUACGAAUAAACUAAGAGCAUACUUAGACGCACUUUGCCAAGGCACGCACUGCAAUGUGAGCCUCAUUCUAAAAAACAAUCCCCUGGAAUGCAGCUGUAAGACAUUGCCUUUUCUAAAAUGGAUGUUGUCCACAAAAGUGGUCGUUAAAAGGGACGAAUGUAAGUUUAAUACGGAACAGCGUAACAUAUCGGGGAAUGAAGCUUUGCACACAAUGAUAGAAACAUUGGAAAAUAAAGAAUGUCUCGACAAAAGCUGGCAAACGUGGACUGUUGGAAUUAUUUGUGCGAUUGUCGGCUGCUUCAUGAGUAUUGUGAUCGGCGUAUCGGUUUACAGAUAUCGAUGGAAACUGAGAUAUCUAUAUUACAGUAGAAACAGACGAUUUAAUCAUGAAGGGUUUGAACGUCUGUUUGAAAAUGACGCCUUUGUGUCUUAUUCGAAGUGUAAAGCAAGUUUCAUAAAAAACAACAUGGUACCGUCACUUGAGGAGCAACGAGGUCUUCGGCUGUGGGUGGCAGACAGAAACUCAAUACCGGGCACAUCAAUUGCCGAAACUAUCACGCAUGGUAUAUAUAACAGCCGGAAGUCGGUCCUUCUUAUUGACAUGGACUAUCUCAAGGACAGCUGGUGUGAUUAUGAAAUGAAUAUGGUACAUGUUGAAUCCACCGAGGCAAAGAGAAAGCUUAUCAUUAUAGUUCUUAUGGAAAACAUUCCUCUUGAAAAUCUACCCAUAAAUGUUAUGCGCUUCCUUCGUAGUGAAAAGUCCCUUGAAUAUCCAGAGCACGGGCACGACAUGGACGUAUUUUGGACAAAUCUUGCAGAUGAAAUCAUGAGUUAAGUGAUGCAUUAUUCAAUAUUAAAGUGUUUUUGUUCACUCAAGCAUAAUAUAUUUACAUGUUUCUUAUCUGAUAAACGCUUUUAAAAACAAUGUCCGCAAUAAUCAAAAUUCUGAAUCUGAAAUUUAGGUAAUAUAAUCUGUGAAAAGAUCCUUUGGAAGCAUAGAAGGCAACCAAGCAUCAUAAUAGCAAAUUAGGUUUGAUUUAGUCUGUUCAUGAGGGGCAAUGCAAUGUGCAAAACCCCCCACACCCCCAAAGCAUCAACUUAAGCGGAAUUCGUUUUUGUAAUAUAUUUUUAUUUCCCAGUAGGUACAAUACAUUUACAAUAAAUACAUCAGUGACAGUUAUUUCUUGCCAGUAUUGAAAAACAGUACAUUCUUGAUUAAUCUUCAGUAUUCAUGACAAAUACUAUUGGAAAUAACUGUGAUAAAAAAAGAAGAAGGAGAGUAAAAAAGAAAAAGAAGAGGGGAAAAAUGAAAUAUAGAAUAUAUAUAUUCCGUUAUUGAUGGAAAAAUGCAUUGUUUUAGCUCCACAUAAAGUGAUUUUAGACAGCUCAUAUUAUUUCUCCAAUACUGUCAAAAGCUGAUCAUUUAUGCCUAUGAUGUUCUAAUUUGUAAUGCAUUGUGGCUAUUUCCUGUUCUAAUUUAAUUCGUAGUUUCAAAUAUAAAAUAAAAUUGUCAAAGAAAGGCAAGAGUUUUCUGUUUUUCACCUGAAAAUGUAAAUUGUCAUUAAAACGAUCAGAAAGUUUAUAACCUUUAUAUUUUGUCACCGAAACUGAUUAUUUCUAAAUUACAGUAUACUGAAAUGUUUAAGACACUUGGGAACUCAUUUAAUCUAUUCCACAUAUGUUGAGCAUAUUGGCAUUCCCAAAAUAAAUGCUCUUGACUUUCUACAUACAUGUUACAAAAUUUGCAUAGACUUGAACUGAUUAAUUUUACCUUUAAUAGAUAUUUAUUAACUGAAAUAAAACGGUGAAUAUGUUGUAUUGAAAGCUUCUCAGUUUUCAGUCUAUUUUUCUAAUGUAUUUCUUCUGUAUUUAAUACACCUUCCCAUUUGCAUUCUUUUUAUUUAUUUAUUUUUUUUUUCAUUUGUAUUUCAAGUACUUAUUUGGUGAUUUCGUUUUAGAUAGAGUUGUAAGUAAUGAUUCAUUUCUAUCAUAUACUAUGUUUCUGUCUUUCAACUUUACCUUUUUGUUUUUAUGGAAUACAUUUAGCUAGCUGAAUACACUUUAAAUAAUCUAUAUUUUCCAAAUCAUUAAUAUACUUGAAGUUUUGGAAGGAAUAGAAGCUAUUUGAUAGAAUGUUGUAUAUACUUAAUGCCUUUUUCAUACCUUUCUUUAUAUAAAAAUGUUUUUGAUUUCAUUUUUAUAUCUGAGUUGUUCCAUAUGAUUUGAUGACUUACUUCUGUUUUAUUUUCAUUAUCUUUUACGGAUUUCCAUGUAAAUAAUAUAUCUUUUAAGACCG